CGGAAGCGCGGGGCGGGGCUGGGGAGCCAGCCAGUCCCGGCGUCUCCGCGAGUCGGCGGGUUUGGCCUUUCGCUAGGGACUCGGGAGCAGGUGUGUCUGAUAGGGAAAUCCAGCAGCCAACUGACGGGGCCCUUACUGCACCCUAAAUCUACAAGCAUCCCUCCAGCUCAGACUUGUGUUGAAACCUACCCUGAAGGUUCACCUGUGCUCACUGAUCCUGCAUCCCUGUGUGGCUAGGAAUUUAGGAGCGGCUUGGCCAGAAGGUUCUGGCGCAGGACUUUGAGGAGGCUGCAAGAAGCUGUCUGCUGGGGCUGCAUCGUCUGAAGGCCCAACUGCUGUUCGAGGAUUCGCCUCCAGGGGCUUUGCUGGCAUGGCUGGCGAGUGGGCUCUGGCUGUUGGCAGGAGGCCUGUGCUCCUCUCCACUUAGGCCUGUCCACAGGGCUGCUCGGCUCCAUUUGCAACACGACAGUGGGGUCCCCCUAGAGCAAGCAUCCAGGAGACCAAAGUGGAAGCUGCAGCCUUCCAGGACCUGGCCUUGGGCGUCACCCUCUGUCACUUCUGCACAGAGCUCUGUGCCCUGUGGGCAUAAGAGGACACGAUCCUGGUUCUCCCACCACCCUGAUGCCCAGGAGGCAUUGCUGUCGUGGUCACGAGAUGGCCGCUGUUGUCCUGUCCCCGGCUUGUGUCUCUCAGCAGGGAGGGUGCACGGAGGAGGCGCUGGCUAAUGAGUCCCUGACAGGCUGGUUACAGGACCUGGUGACCUUUGAGGAUGUGGCUGUGGAGUUCUCCCAGGAGGAGUGGGCCUUGCUGGACCCUUCCCAGAGAAUGCUCUACAGGGACGUGAUGCUGGAGAACCGCAAGAACCUGGCCUCGCUCGGAUGCCAUGUUGGUAAAACCAAACUGAUAACCCAUUUGGAGCAAGAAGACAGGUUGAUACCAGAGGAGAGGAGCCUUUUCCCAGACACUUGUCCAGAUUUGGAGCCUGUUCUGAAAACCAAAUGGUUAACUCCUAAGAAGCAUGCUUUCAAAAAAGAACAGUCUAAAGGUGUGAAAACGGAAAGAAGUCACCGUGGAGCAAAGCUCAAUGAAUGUAAUCAGUGUUUUAAAGUCUUCAGCACAAAAUCUAACCUUACUCAGCACAAGAGAAUUCAUACUGGAGAAAAACCCUAUGACUGUACUCAGUGUGGAAAGUCCUUCAGUAGUAGGUCUUACCUUACUAUUCACAGGCGAAUCCAUAAUGGGGAGAAACCCUAUGAAUGCAAUCACUGUGGGAAAGCGUUCAGUGAUCCUUCAUCCCUUCGACUGCACGUGAGAAUUCAUACUGGAGAAAAGCCCUAUGAAUGUAACCAGUGUUUCCACGUCUUCCGCACUAGUUGUAACCUCAAAAGCCACAAGAGGAUUCAUACCGGGGAGAAUCACCAUGAAUGUAACCAAUGUGGAAAGGCUUUUAGCACAAGAUCCUCCCUUACCGGACACAACAGCAUCCACACAGGGGAGAAACCUUAUGAGUGCCAUGAUUGUGGGAAAGCCUUUAGGAAGAGCUCCUAUCUGACACAGCACGUGAGAACUCAUACAGGAGAAAAACCCUAUGAAUGUAGUGAGUGUGGAAAAUCCUUCAGUAGUAGCUUUUCUCUAACUGUGCACAAGAGGAUACAUACAGGAGAGAAACCUUAUGAAUGCAGUGACUGUGGGAAAGCCUUUAAUAAUCUCUCAGCUGUUAAGAAACACUUGCGAACGCACACCGGAGAAAAACCCUAUGAAUGUAAUCAUUGUGGGAAGUCUUUCACGAGUAACUCUUACCUGUCUGUGCACAAGAGAAUACAUAAUAGGUGGAUAUAAACUACUGUGGGUAUUCUAUGGGAAAGCACUCAUUGAUAUCUCAUCCCUUAGACACCCUUAAAGAACUCUCACCCGAUGUGCGAGUUCACCUGUUGGUACGUGACAAGUUACUCUCCAAAAAUUUGUGGCAUCAGACAUUUAUUAUGUCAAAAUUUCCAUAGACCAGGAAUUCAGGAAUAGCUUAGCACUGCAGUUCUGGCUCAGGAUCUCCAUGACUUUGCACCCAAGAUGUCAGCCAGAGUUACAGUCGUCAAAUCUUCACCAAUGAAGAGUCCACUUCAAGAUGGCUCCUUCACCAUUCACCCUUCACCCUUCACAUGCCUGGCAAGUCAGUGCUGGUUGUUUGCAGAGGACCCUCAGUUCCUCACCCUGUAGGCCUCUAUAGAGCUGAAUGACUACACCAUGGCAGCAGGUUUCUCCCAGAGUGAUCCAAAAGAGGGUCUGUGCAGAAGCCACAUCGUCUGUCGUGUCUUAGCCUCAGAAGGUCAUGAUUUCACUUCCAUAUUUUAUUGUUCAUUGUCCAGUCCCAAGACAGAAGACUAUACAAUGUAUGAGCACCAGGAGACACAUCACUGAAAACCAUCUGGGGAACUUGUCAUGAAGUUAAUGAAGAAAAGCUUUUGGCACCUGUGCAUCCUUUAGUGACUGAACAAGUAUUCAGUGGCUGUCCUGCUAAUUCACUCUGAAGAGGAACCUUGGGAGCAUAGUCUACACGCUAGAGCUUUCAGCACAAACUCUCACUGUAAUGUGCCCAACAGUAUGUGCUGGGAAAACCACAGGAAUGGAAUAACUGUAGGAAAGGCUUCUGUGAUGUUUUAGAGGAGUCAUAUGGCAGUUCACACUAAGGGAAAAUCCUGAUGAAGAUGAUCAGAAUGCAAAAGCCUUCAGGGACACAUGGGAAAUCCUACAAGGGAACACUCAUAAGAAAUGUGGAAAACCCUUCAGCACAAAUGGUCUUGUUACUGAGCAAAAGAUCAGGUGAGGUAGUCAUUCUACAGUGAGUAGGGAAAAGCCUCAGAUGUUCUCUAAAUUUUUAAAAAUCUUUUUAACAUGCAAGUGUACACAUAUUUAUUUUUAAGAGUAUAUUUUGAAAACAGAAUGUAUAUACACAUGUCUGACCAUGGUGAGUUUUUGAGAAUCAUUUAAUGUAUCGACAGUAGUACUGGUGCAGAUAGAGUAAGAGUUAACAGUAGUGUUUUGGGAAGACAGGUAGGGAUUGAUAGGGUAUGUAGAAAGAGCCUCAUCAUGGAUAGUAAUGACAUGCAAAAUUCUAAAUUCCCAUGACAGAAGUGGCCCACACUGUCCAAAAAGCCUCCCAACUUUGCUGGCACCUGCAUCUGCAAGGGAUAGAAGAACUUGGUUAUAAUGGGCACAGGGAUGGAGGACUGACCUAGAGAUAAACUCUGAAGAAGUAGGGUUAAGACAAAUGUGUUCAUACACACAUAUCCCACAGAGGACAUUAUAGUAGAGAACAGAAUUGUACCCAGUUCAGCAAAGGAGCUGCAAGCUUCCCUGGUUCCUCUUGGCAUAAGCCAGGCCAUUUCAGUUGUUGACUCACAAAGAUAUCAUUCAGUGUGGUGGGGGCAGACCUCUGGGUUAGAGCAGAUCUACGAUAGCUACUGCAUUAAUUGUACAUUCCUAAUUAAAAAUCCUGUUAAUUUCCAACUACAGAUAGAGAAGCCCAAAUCCUUUUUUGUCCAUAACGCAGAGUGUGGCAUAGUCAACAUUUUCCUAUAUGAUAGUGGAAUCAAACAGGUCUCAAUAUAAUUAAAAAAAAUUUUUUUUUUUGACGGGCAGAUUUAGACAGACAGAAAGGUCUUCCUAUCCGUUGGUUACCCCCACCCCAAAUGGCUGCUAUGGCCGGCGCGCUGCGCUGAUCCAAAGCCAGGAGUCAGAUGCUUCCUCCUGGUCUCUCAUGUGGGUGCAGGGCCCAAGCACUUGGGCCAUCCUCCACUGCCUUCCCGGGCCACAGCAGAGAGCUGGUGCCCUAACCGGGACUAGAACCUGGUGUGCCGGCGCUGCAGGCGGAGGAUUAGCCAAGUGAGCUGCAGCGAUAUAAUGUUUUAGCAAGCAGACUUUUUGGGUAAAGAUAUUAGGUCCCAAAUGCUAAACUUUGUUCAUUCUGGUGGAAACCAAGCUUUAAUAGAUUUUUUGAACCCAAACCAAGUCUCUAUGGACCCAGACUGUUGGAUGGACUUAAAUCUGUCACAUUUAUUCAUAUCUUUAAGUUAGGCCCAGGGUAAUGGAAUUUAGCCAAGGUUCCCUAUUGAGUGCCAUCAGUAUUUGAAAAUCUUUCCUCAUAUUUGUUAGGACACUUGUGAAAAGACACACCAUAGAGAAACUUGUGAAAAUAAAGUAAUAGAGCCAUCCUUCAGUGAUGCCUUUAAUAUUAGGAAAAAUAGGAAAAUCCUCCCUGGAUGUAAAACCCAUGAAUAUAUUAAUUUUGAAAAAAUUUAAGAGAGUCCUCUUUGUUGUGGGUAUGGGAACUCAUGUUCAUGGAAAACCCUAGGUAUUUUGGCAAUCAGAGUUAGGAUGCCUCACCCUCAACUCUUCCUUGAGUGGCUGUAAAAUAACUUAUAGUGGGAUUGAAAAGCAUGAAUGUCUUAUCUAUUGGUUGGACCACUAGUUUAUUAAUUUUCAAUCUUUGUUUUACACAACUGUAAACAGUUGUGUCUGUAACUGUUUCCUAAAAUUAGCCUCAAGUUAAAGUCCAUGAUUUUGGAAAAUUUAUUAUAAUUUGCUCUUUAAAAAUAUUAAUACGGUCCAAAAAUGUUUUUGAAUAGCUCUUGAGUGCUUUUAUCUAAUGGUGUUUUACCAAAGUCUGUGAACUUAAUAUUUUUUUUUCCUCUUUCUAUUCUAGUGUGGUAAAUACUGUUAGUUUCUUUCCCAGUUUCCAUCCUCCCCUGCUUACUUAUUCAAAGAAAAACAUUUUGUUCUAGUUGUCCAUGAGCAAUUUUGAAAAUAAUCAAUUUGCCAGGCUCUUCUAAAGCUAACAGAGGCUUUGUCCCACUCUAGUAGCCAUGAAGAACAGGUUGGAGUCAUUGGUAGUAGUGGGGGACACCACACUUACUGUUCUCCAUUCAUCUGAAUGUGGCUUCACAGUCUAGAACCUGCAGAACCAUUUUUGACUGCAUCAGUUCCAGAUUGCUUGUUAGAUUUCUUAUGUAAUUAAAAGUAAUACACUUACCUAGUUAAA